AUGGAAGAUGAGGCUAUCCGCAUAGACAUAAAAGCAUUGACAGAGAUUAGCGAAGAUGGCCUCUUGUCGCCUUUGUGCUAUAUCUAUAGGGUGCCCGCAACGAUUCGUCUUCUAAAUGAGGGAGCUUACACCCCUAAGGUUGUUUCCAUUGGUCCUUUCCAUCACGGUGAUGUGAGGCUGCAAGAAAUGAAGAGGCAGAAAAAAAUAAUGUUUAAAAGAUUUGUGCAAGGAGCUAUGGCAGACUCAGACAGUUUGGUUAACUUAGCAAUACAGUCUGAACCAAAGAUUCGUACUUCUUAUUUUGAGAGCAUCAACUAUGAGAAGAAGGAUCUUGUGAAACUGAUAUUAGUUGAUUCUGCUUUCAUCAUUCAACUCUUUAUUAUGGACUACGAAGCUCACCCAGAAGACGAUGCUAAACUCUCACAAUCAUGGUUGGAGGAAGCUAUAUUAAAUGAUUUGGUUUUACUUGAGAAUCAACUUCCAUUCUUUUUCCUUGAAGAGCUAUAUGAUAUAGCCUUUCCACAUAACAGCAGAGGUAAACUCCCUUCAUUUAUUGAGCUCACAUAUUCCUACUUUGACGAAUUUAACGUGCAAAACUUAGAGCCUAAUCACAAGAUCAUAAAGCAUUUCCAGAUCUUGUUAGAUUAUUUUACUUACCGAGAACCCAACUAA